UAUUGCGCAGGAUUGCAGAGAAAGACAACCGAGACAUAUAUAAUUAAUAAUAUGGUUGGUUAAAAAUAUUGUCGUUGAUCGCAUGCCAAUAAAUGUUUCUUUCUCAUUCUGCGGAGUUUUUUCGCUGCAGUAUAAAGGACGAAAAGACAGGACUUCAACUUUAAAUUAGCUAAAUGUGUAGCUCUUUGACGCCGAAUACUGUCAAUGAAAUUGAAAAGACUUCACUUCAUAUUUUUUUCUUUCAUUUGCAUCGGUGCAAUUGCUACAUUAUGCCUCAUCAAUCAAUGGAAUUACGCAAUGACUAAGUCGCAAAUUUUAAAUCAAAAAUACUUAGUUUAUUCAGCGACAGAAGAGGACGAAAAUACGCUUGUUCUUUCUCAAGUAUCGGCGAAACAAGACAUCUUGAAAACACACAGAGAAUCGUGCCGAAUGGCAACAUGUUUUGACUUUACCAAGUGUCUCGGAAACCAACUGAAAGUUUAUGUAUACCCAUUUGAAAACGGAGAACGAGUUUCGUUGAACUACGCAAAAAUUAUACAAGCUGUUAAAAGGAGUGUUUACUAUACGGCUGAUCCUAGUGAAGCUUGCUUAUUUGUUGUCAGCAUUGAUACGACCGACCAAGAUCCACGUAGCAAUGACUAUGUCAAGCAUGUAGGAGAUAAGAUUUCAGGUUUGCCAUACUGGAACGAUGGCCGUAAUCAUGUUUUAUUUAAUCUUUAUUCAGGCACAUGGCCCAACUAUGUGGAAAGACUGGAUUUUGACACGGGUCAUGCAAUUCUUGCGAAAGCUUCCUUUAGCCAAAAUUAUUUUCGACCUGGAUUUGACAUAAGUCUUCCACUUUUUGAUAAAGAGUUACCUAAUUUUGGCAAUGGUAAUGUUUUUGGUUCAGAUAAGUUGUUCCCUUUUGUGAAAAAAUACAAGAUAGUGUUUAAGGGCAAAAGAUAUCUCCAUGGCAUUGGGGGAGAAAGUCGAGCAUCUUUGCAUCAUAUUCAUAAUAAUAAAGACAUUUUAAUGCUAACAACUUGCAAGCAUGGUCGUAAUUGGAAAGACGUUAAAGAUGAUCGUUGUGAUCAUGAUAAUAUGUUGUAUGACAGAUACGACUAUCAAGAAUUGAUGAAUAAUGCAACAUUCUGCCUUAUUCCUCGUGGCAGACGUCUUGGUUCUUAUCGUUUUCUUGAGGCUAUGCAGUCAGGUUGCAUUCCCCUGAUUCUUAGUAAUGGCUGGGUGCUACCAUUUCAUGAAAAGAUUGAUUGGAAAAAGGCAGUAAUUUUUGCUGAUGAAAGGCUGCUUACAAUGAUACCAACUUUGAUUAGAGAUUUCUCAGAUGAUGUGAUUUUCAAAAUGAAACAACAAGUUUUGUUCCUAUGGAAUACCUAUUUCUUUUCAGUUGAUAAGAUUGUACAAACUGUUUUUCAGGUAAUAAAUUCCCGUAUAAUACAACACACCACCAAUGAAUAUGUUGUCUGGAAUACAUUACCUGGUAGUUUAUCAAUUCUUCAGUCGUAUUCAAAAACCAUCCAAGACUUUCCAUUUUACUAUGCAAUCACUGGACAAAAUGUCUCAGCAAAAUUUUCUGCUGUUAUUUAUGCUUGGUCUUCCUAUUUGAACUACAACUCGCCUCUUUAUAUGAUGAUUGAAAAGGUGGCGAAAUCACAACAUGUAUCAAAGAUUAUUGUCCUAUGGACAGCGAAGGAACGCAUCCCAGAAAAACGAAAAUGGCCUUUGGUUGGUGUAACAAUUAUUGUACAGAGAAUUAAUAUAAAGAGAGGAGAUAGUCGGAUGUCAGUAAGAUUUGUAACUACAGACGCUAUUCUUUCGCUUGAUGAAGACGUUAACUUAAAGAUAGACGAGAUAAAUUUUGCAUUUCGUGUUUGGCAAAAGUUCCCCGAUAGAAUAGUCGGAUUCCCGUGUAGGACCCACUAUUGGGACCGCGCUCAAUCUAAGUGGAUUUAUUCUUCGCAGUGGUCUAACAAAUGUUCUAUGGUUUUGACCAGCGCUGCAUUCUAUCACAGGUAUUAUAAUUUCUACUACAGUCGUAACAUACCGUCUUCAAUUCACGAGUUACUCAACAACAAUGAAGUAUGUCAAGACAUGAUUCUUAGCUUUGUUGUGGCUCACAUAACUCGUCAACCUCCGAUAAAAGUCUUGGAACAAAAACCGUACAAGGAAGAAUAUAUUUCUCUGUACAAGACGGAGUCAGCGAAGAAACAACACUUCGAGAAACACGAAGUGAGAAAGGAAUGUUUUCAGGCUUUCGUUGAUGCCUUUGGAUAUAUGCCAUUAAUAUACACCAGCGCAAGUUUUGAUCCCGUUCUUUACAAAGAUCCUAUCUCAAACUUUCGUAAAAGAUACCGCCUUUUAGAGUGAUAGCAUAUACUGUAAUCAUAUAUCGGAUAAAGUUGAAGCAACAUAAAAGAACUCCAGAAAGGCUAGCUAACAUCUCAGUUUCCGAUGUUUAUUAUUUGGUUGAAAAAGUCAAUAAUAGCAAGUGCUGCAACUGCAAUGAUCGCGAAAAUGUUGGGAUUGUUCCCUUCCAUUUUUUAUCCCAAAAAAAUCAACGGACCAAAGCUUAGGUUUUAUAUUAAUAACACGUCAAUAUUGAAGAAAGUGAAUGGACGGUUCCAUACUAUUGAACGUAUGUUUGUAUUAAUGUAUUUUUUUGUAACUAGACAUACUGGAAAUAAUGUUUUUAUCUUUUUUAAACGCAUUGCUCCACAAAAUCACCACGCAUAGUUUAUAAAUUUUUCAAAAGUAGUCUCACCUGUUUCAGUAGGACCAUAAUUCUUAUUUUUGAAGGAGAAAUUUCACUGGAGAAACUAAAAAAGCAAAAUUCGUAUGUUAUUUUAAAUACAUACAAUCUUACGAUUUUUUCAUUCAAA